AUGGAGGAUUAUGACAAGUUUGUGCAGCUUUGUUUCUCUCAAUUGAGAAAACACGAAGAAGAGGAGCAGAAAGACGGCAAACCUUUAUCUGCAUCAUCUAUCCGCUUCUAUGGGCGACCCAUCCUUCCUCCUCUGCUCUCAGAGAAGCAAAGAGAGGAGAUGAGACGACACAGAGAUGAAAUGCAGAAAUGUACAGUCCAUAAAAAACUCAAAGAUGAUCCCAGAAUGGCCUACGUGCAAACUCUUCUGCACAGCGUUCAGAUCAGAAAGACGCCAACACUCGAGGAGUUACUUGAAGAGUCAGAGAUCAGGAAAGAAUUUUUACAUCCCCAAAAUUCCAACAAGGUUUCCCACAGUGAUAUUUUCGUUGGAACCAUGGAUAGUCUUUCACCAGCAUCUGCUGUUUUUCCUCCUCCAAAGACUUCCACAACGUACAGUGCCUUUUAUUCUUGUAAAGGAUCACCUCAUGAAGGAUCUCUUAAUGACCAACAUGACAGCCAACAGGAAUCACAGCCAUGUUCCUUCAAUGGUGAAAGCCGCCCGUCACCGUCCUCGGGUUAUGUGACCUAUGAAAAUCCUGAAAACAUCUCCAUGUCUGAAUGGACUGAAUCAAGACCAGAGAGAUGUGAUUUCAGCUCCUCUGAGGAAAUUGGUAACGAGUGUGGCUUUUUCCUUCACAACACCUCAAAAACAAUUUCCAAGAUGCCUGAUAUUAUUAACCACCCUCCCAUAGAUGGAGAGGAAUUAGAAAGGGGCGAGCUGGAGUCUGUAUUUUUACAAGUUAAAGAUAUUUGUGACAUCUCGUUUCAAAACGAUUCACUGACGUGCGACCUCCGAAACACAGAACAAAUUGAACUUAGUCUCCUGGAGAGUGUAGAGCUUGAAGAAUAUAUUCCCUUUGCUCUCAAACCUGAUCAUUCUGACCAUGUCAAUACGGAAAGAAAUGAAGGAUUACUUACUUUGCCAGAUAAAACUGGCUUUUCAGACAAUCUGGAUUUAUCACAGACAUUAAUUAACCCUCACUGUCUGACGCCAGAACCACAGAAAAGCUCCAGUAAACCAGAACCAGUAGACGACCAGAUCAACACGUCCAGCACAAAGCAAUCUGAGGAGCUUCAUCCAUUGAGCCUCCAGGUCUUACUUAAGAAAUCUCAGGAGUAUCGUCGGCGCCAGCGGCUGCUUAGGAACCAAGCCAAAAACACUAAAAUCCAGGAGAAGACCCAAGAGCAGCCAAAAGCCCAGACAGAGGAGCAGAGCCUCUCUGAUAAGGAGAAUGAGGACAAGGGCACCCGUACUGCAGAGGACAAGAAAACUAAAGAACAAAGAGGCAAUUCCAUCCCGCCAGUGGAAAAAAACACGACUGAGCGCGAAGCCUCUGGAGAAACGGCACACGUUAGAAAAGAAUGUGUAACACAAGAUGGAAAUAUCACAGAACUGAUGAGUGUUGAAGAAGAAACAACCUUAAAAAACAAGCUGAACAGUUUGCAGGAGUUUAUAACACAGUCUAAACAAAGCAGGAGUUUAAUCCAGCAACAACCCUCAUCAGCAGAGAAAUACCAAGAAACCUUUAACACCAUCCCAUGUCUCCGAGGUUCCCAUAAAGGAGUUAGUAAAAAUCACCCUGUUCCAGUCCCUACCUUCUGUCGAAGUCCCGUUCGCUGCAAGAGCAAAGAUGGUCCCAAAGGUGAGCUGACUGUUGCAGAGAAGAAGACAUCGACUGAAAACUCAGACUUAAACCAAGAGAAAGCCGUUCCUUCAUCUGUGAAUAUCACGGUUGGAGAUGACGUCACAAGUGUCUUUGCCAGAAGUUCCCUGCACAUAGAUCAGCUCGAGUCCAAUCUGUCCAGUCUGAAGGUACUGAUCUCAGAUCUGGAGUUCACGGUGAAGGAAAACUUGGACAAUCAAACUGAGAGCAACGUGCUAAGCGAGUCGGGUUUGAAAGGCAUAAAGCAAUCUGAGCUCGGGCAGAGAGACGGUUUUGGUUGUUUGGAGGACGAGCAGGCUUGUGGUGAUGAUGGUGACAACAAUGCAGAUGGCAGGGGGUUACAGAGACAGCCUUUUAUUGAUUUCAAAAAUGUUCAUGAAGAUUCAGAGUCUGUAAGUUUUAUUGGUAUAGAUGAUGUUUGUCUCACAGUUCAGGAGAGAGCACCUGAGAUGGUGAAAUUAAACCGAGACGAAUUGAGCAUAACGGCAGCUACAGGAAGAGAUAAAGGUAGAGACAAAUGUGCAAAAGGAUUUGUUCGGAGCGAUGCCUCCUCAAAGCAGCAAGACCCUGCUAAAUGUCUAACAUCUGCAGCACAGCGGAUGCUCGUCCCUGACAUGUUCCGUAGCGUUCCCACCGAAGACGUUCUUUCCUGCGACACUUCGGGACUUUCCGAUCAGAGUAACCAUCCUGAGUUAAUGAGAUGUGAGGUGACUGCUGAAGGUCAGGGUUCUGUUUGCUCCCCGUCUCUCAAUCAGUCAUAUGAUGUGGAGAGGCCAUCUGGCCUUUGGCUCCUGGAAGGAUCAGGAUACGACCUGGGCUCGCAAAGUCAUCUUGGUCAGGAGAAAAAUCUAACUCCGGAGAGUGGGGGUGAAGGACAAGGAGGGGUUUCUAAGGUCAAACGUAGGCUGCUCAUGCACGUGGCAGAGGGGACCCAGGAAAUCAGCGCAGAUGGAAGCGGAGCAGCAAGUUCUGUAGUCAGGCCCAACUCCAGCACCCCAAGAGCUGCAGUGCGUUUGCACGAAGGCAUUCAGAGGAACAAGCAAGAGCAACUCAAACUGGCCCAUGCAGCUCAGGUCCGAGCUCUGCAGGACAAACACAGGAAGCAGCAGGAAGAACUUCUGCAGGUUUUGGCGGCACGUUACCGUCUCCUGCAGAAUGUGUCUCCUCGCUCCACGUCAAGCUCUUGUCCUGGGAACACGAUGACCUUCUCUACCCUCUCCCAGCCCCUCAGCCAACUCCUGGAGCGCUACCACCCCCUGCUGGCAGCAGCUGUGAAGGGUUUUCUGACUCGUCGGCUGCUGAGGACUGACAGAGUCACACAGCUGGUCCGCACCAUCAGGGACACGCAGCAGUUCCUGCGGGCGCUCCAGACGCAGGGAGGAGAGUUCUGCAGCCGACAAGACGACUUACUGCAGGAGAGAGUCGCUCUGCAGCUGCGCGCUGCACGUUAUGAAGUUUACGACAUAUUCUUCAGCCUUUCAGCCAGAGAGCGGAUGCAGCUGAUCAGCUGGGACAGAGAGCUAAUCAAAGACAGAGAACUCAGACGACAGAAUGGACAUUCAGGUUAUCCCAGAAGAAAGAGUUCUCUGUCAGCAGCAACGCAAAAAUCCCUGGAUAGGAAGAGAGAAGUGAUGAUUCAGAAAAAAGCUGCAGAACUACACAAGGGAGUUGCAACAAAAACUGGACAAAAGUCUGGAUCCACAGUUAAGAAACCACAGGAGACAAAACGAGGACAGUUCAAAGCAAAUCCUCAGAGAGUCCCAAAGAGCUCCUGCUCCUCCAGACCCCGAUGA